GUUGGAUUGCCCCAUGUUCAUUACAGUGUGCCUUUAGGGUUCUCACAGUAGGUUAUACGGCAAUCUUUUCAAAAUUACCGCAAACCUUGAGUCAAUUUCGCACUGUGUAGGUUCCACAUCGGCUAGGUACAGUACCUCUAGCCCGGUGCAUCCCGUCUUCCUGCGGGCACCGAUAAGCUUUCCCCAGGUAUUGUUAGGUACACCUACCUAGGCAUUAUUCGAGGCUCUCCGAAACAGAACAUCACAAAAUUCUACAAGCAGCAAGCAGCAAACACCAUCCUAUCAUAUCCCCGCAAUGCAUGAGCUAUUUCUCACCGCCUCAGUGCCGGGCAACGAUGUUCUGGCGGCGCGCUCUGUCCUCCAGGGAUACUGCGCCAUGCCCGAAGUUCACCAGCUCACCCGCGUACUGUACUACACCGGCCCAGACCGUCCCAGCGGCUUCAAGAAGGUCGGGGAUCUAGACGGGACGCCAAAUCGGCGGCUGUUCAAUGACCUUCACCAAUAUCUCACCAAGCAAUCAUACCUCAUGACAGUGCGAUAUCAGCUCAACGAAGACGAGUUUGGCCAAGAAGUCGGCGGAUCCUCCAGUCUGGACCAGAGGCAGGGCACUCUGAGAUGGACCGACAUCCCGGAUCCUGUCCCGCCCCAGGUCCUGCACGUGCAGCGUAAGAUGCUCGACAUCCGCAACCAGGACCGUCUGAUCAGCAUCCUGGGCCAGAACGCCCACACCAUCAAGGCAGAAUGCAUCGAGGAGUCCUAUACCUGGUGUCGCGACUCGGUCGAGUACACCCUCGAGCGCAUGUACAUCUACCCCGGAGAAGAUCCCUUGGUCCCUAUCAGGCAGACGGAGCCGCGGACCUUCCUCCCCGCCUUCUCCGACCUCCGCCCUCUCAGCUCCAACUGGAUGCUCCGCGCCAAGGCCUUCGUGUCCGAGCCGACGCCCGAGCGCAUGGCCCAGGCGGCCGGUGCGCUGGCGGCCGCACGCGCCGACCUGCUCGGCGUCCUCAACUUCCGCCAGUUCGACCGCCGUGUCCACGACACGCGCGUCGCGGCCCCGUCGGCCGCGAGCACCAUGCCCAGGCCGCUCCCCCAGGUCGUCACCGUCGACAGGGCUUAG